UGGAGCUUUAAAAUAAAUUGAAUAGCCAUGCACUAUGAUACUUAUUUCCUUCAAACUUGGUUAAGAUAGUUUUUUUUCUUCAAAGCAUGAACUGCAGAUUUUUGUUUUGCUUAUUUGAUCUGUAAAAGAUGUGGAAUUUUGUUCCUUUUUGGUUUUACCCAUUCUUUGAAUAUAUGUAGAAAUUGACAUUGCUAUUUUCUAAAGUAAAGAUUUUUUGCUCCUUUUUUUGGCCAAUAUCUUAAUCAUAUUCGACACAUACUAUUAGUCUUAUUCCAACCUGCAAUUCCCAUUCUUUGAUGGCAUUUUAGCAGUUUAAAUGUUAGCCUAUGAUUUUACAUAUCAUGCUUAUGAGUGUCGAUGGUUGCUGGAAUUAAACUUCGAUCUCUUUUCUAUAAGCAUCAUUUUCAUCCAAACUUUCUAGUUCUUCAUGAGAAGAUGAGAAGCUUGAUGAACACGGGGACGCUUAUGAAACAAAGGAUAAUAGUGAUAUGUACUUGCACAAAGAUGGGAAAGAUCGUGAAAUAAAUAUUCGCAUGGAAACUAGAUCUAGGGUUAAGGAUUCUAUUCCUGCUUGGAUCAAGUUCUCUGUUCAAGCACCUGGUGAAAUCCCAUACAGUGGAAUAUACUAUGAUCCACCAGAAGAGGAAAAGUACGUAUUCAAACACCCCCAUACAAAAAGACCAAAAUCACUUAGAAUUUAUGAAUCACAUGCUGGAAUGAUUAGCAUGGAUGCUGCUACAGGCAGUGUUAGUAGGAAUCUAGAUAAUCCAUUGUUAGUUGUGCCUCUUAAACCCUCUGUUGCGGAGUUUCCAGUCGCCAAGAAGGAGCAAAGUGAUCGAUUGAGUAAUUUGGCUGGAGCUGGUUACCAAGCUUUUGAAGAUGCUAUUUUAAAUAAACUGACAAAGACUGUCGAAAAACAACAAAAAUGAUGACAAAAAGGUCUUAGGAGCAGAUUGCAAAUGCAUCAGUGGCAUUUUAUCCACAGAUGUUUUGCCAACAUGUCCUAAAUUUACUAGUUCGGGAUUGAAUUUUAGCUUUCUGAAGUAUACCUUUUAAGAAGAGAGAUGAACCAUUCGGGUUAAAGACAUAAGUUCUUAUGUAUGUAAAUUCUAUAUUCGUUUAUUAAUGCUCAAUACUUCAAACUAUUUGAUCUGUAAUUUUCAUAAGUAGAAAAUUCUUCUUACAAUCUAUGCAAUAACAUUUGUUUUCUUAUUGUAAGAAUAUUUUUAACAUUGUAACUUUUAACAUUAUUGUAAGAAUAUUUUGAAUUAUACUUCAGUUAUCAAUUUAUAUCAUAUAUCUUUCGUUGAA